UUACUUCUUACAUGGAUCACCUCACACAUCCCAACAAUGUGACCGAGUUUAUUCUCUUGGGACUCACACAGAAUCCACAGUUGCAGAAAAUACUCUUCAUUGUCUUUUUGUUCAUUUUCCUAUUUACCGUUCUGGCCAGUCUGCUCAUCAUCAUUACCAUUUCCCUCAGCCCCACACUUUCAGCUCCCAUGUACUUCUUUCUCACUUGCUUGUCUGCCAUAGAUGCCCUCUACACCUUGGUCACCACCCCCAAAAUGAUCAUCGACCUCUUGUACCAGAGGACAACCAUCUCUUUGGAUAGCUGCCUGACUCAGCUGUUUGUGGAGCACUUCCUGGGAGGCUCAGAGAUCAUCCACUUCAUUGUCAUGGCCUAUGACCGCUAUGUGGCCAUCUGCAAGCCCCUUCACUAUGUGACCAUCAUGAGGCAGGGGCUCUGCUGCCUCCUGGUGCUGGUGGCCUGGACUGGGGGGGUCCUGCAUGCCACUGUACAGAUUCUUUUCAUGGUCCACUUGCCCUUCUGUGGUCCCAAUGUCAUUGACCACUUCAUGUGUGAUCUCUUCCCACUGCUGAAACUUGCCUGCAGAGACACCUAUAGGCUCAGAAUGAUAGUGGCAGCCAAUAGUGGGGCCAUGUGCUUGCUUAUUUUCUCCAUGCUGCUCACCUCCUACAUAGCCAUCCUGAGCUCCCUGAAAUCCCAUGGCUCUGAAGGACAGCGCAAAGCCCUCUCUACAUGUGGAGCCCACUUUAUGGUAGUUGUACUCUUUUUUGUGCCUUGCAUAUUCACCUACAUGCGUCCUGUGGUCACCUACCCUGUGGACAAGCUGGUGACUGUGUUCUUUGCAAUCCUAACUCCCAUGUUUAAUCCUGUCAUUUACACAGUGAGAAACUCAGAGGUGAAAAAUGCCAUGUGGAGUUUGUUGAAGAAGAGAGUAGUUUAGCCUGUUCAAAUGCUAAGAGCGUGAUGAUGUAUAUAAACAGGGAGGAUUAUAUCUAUAGCACACUGUGAAAAAAAAUUAACAGAUUUUGCAGAUCAUUGGUAGGGAAAAAAAGAAGUUCUGGAACUAAUGCUUAUUGAACACUAAGAAAUGGUUCGGCUUUUUCCUUGGUACUUCUGAUAACUUUUUUAAACUUUGUUUUUAUUGUUUACAGUAUUAUAAUUGCAUAAUUUCCUUCCUUUGCCCACCUCCACCUAGCCCUCACCCUCCUUCCUUCAGACCAUCAUGAUUUUAAGAGUAUAUGCACCCCGUGUUCAUAGCAGUGGUAUUUACAAUAGCCAAGAUCUGAAAACAGCCCAAGUGCCCAUGAGUAAAUGGCAAAUUAAUAAACUGUGGUACAUU